UUACAUAUCAAACAUUGCAAGGUUAGCAUGUUCAUAAUAGUUUAAAAAUUUAAAACGAUGUGUAGCUGAAACGUUUUUCAAAAUACGAUUACGUGGAGAUACAGUUCGAUAUGGACGAGGCUCCGGCGAACAAGCAGUUCAAAAUGUGGGCCCCCAUUGUCGUUAACGCUAUGAUCUCCGUUUUCGCUUAUGUGACCACUGUUAGAUUAAUUCCUAAACUUAGAGACAUGUUUAUUAAAGCAAAUCUUUUCGGAAUUGAUAUGAGCAAAAGAACCGGAGAUAAAAUACCGGAAGCUCUAGGAGUAGUCUCAGGAUGUAUGUUUCUAAUAAGUCUUUUUUUAUUCAUCCCGGUACCUUUCAGUCAUUCGUUAUUUAACGGCCAAUUUCCGCAUGAUGAAUUUGUAGAGUUAAUAGCUGCGAUGUUAUCAAUAUGCUGUAUGUUGCUCCUUGGGUUUGCUGAUGAUGUCUUAGAUUUACGAUGGAGACACAAAUUGUUGUUACCAACGAUUGCUUCUUUACCUCUUUUAAUGGUUUACUAUGUAAAUGUGAACUCAACUACUAUAAUGAUACCAAAGCCUUUAAGGGAAAUGUUUGGGACUGUAGUAAAUUUAGGAUUUUUAUACUAUGUUUAUAUGGGGAUGUUGGCUGUUUUUUGUACUAAUGCUAUAAAUAUAUUGGCUGGAAUUAAUGGAUUGGAGGUUGGACAAAGCAUUGUGAUUGCCGGAUCGAUUGUUGCAUUUAAUUUUUUGGAGCUGCAAGGGGAUUUGUGGAAAUCACAUCAAUUUAGUUUGUUUUUUAUGAUGCCUUAUUUAGGAACUUCCUUGGCAUUGCUAAAACAUAAUUGGUACCCUUCGAAAGUAUUUGUAGGAGAUACUUUCUGUUACGUCUCAGGAAUGACAUUCGCCGUCGUAGGAAUUUUAGGUCAUUUCAGUAAAACGACACUUUUAUUUUUCAUUCCUCAAGUUAUUAACUUCCUUUAUUCAGUUCCUCAAUUAUUCCAUUUGGUUCCAUGUCCAAGACAUCGCUUACCAAAGUUUAAUUCCAGGACGGAUAAAUUAGAAAUAAGCACAACCGCCUUCCGUUACUCCGAUUUAAACAUUUUAGGAAAAAUCGUUGUAAAAACGUUCAAAACUUUGAAAUUGAUCAAUUGGCAAGAAAAAGACGGUUACGUCGUUACGAAUAAUUUCACUUUAAUCAACUUUAUUUUGUUGCUUUUUGGGCCGUUACACGAAGAGAAAUUGGCGAAGAUUUUAAUUGGGAUUCAAAUCGCUUGUUCUGGGAUUGGGUUUCUUAUUAGGUAUCCUUUAGCCCAUUUCUUUUAUGACAAUUAAUUUUCUAGUCGAUUUAAGAAUGUGUUUAGAAUAAGAAUAAAGUGAGCUUUGUAUGUUACCCGUUUUAAUAAAUAAAUAUUUUUAUAAAGUA